AUAGUAGUGGUUAAACUGCGUUGACUGUCAUAAAAUGAAAACACAAUUCUUCUUCUUCUUCUUCUUCUUCUUCUUGUGGCCUCACCUACCCUCUCCUCUUCUCUCUUCGUUGUCCUGUCUAUCUCUCCACCGCCGGCUCUCUACUCUUCCGGUCAUCUCCUGUGAAAAGGGAUAUUUUGAAAUGAAGAGAUUGAGAUCGAGUGAUGAUCUCGAUUCCUAUAACGAGAAGACCUCUGCUAAAGAUUUGAAUCCGAGCCGAUCGUCUCGAAGCUUUUAUUACAAAUCCGAUAAUGUAAGGAAGGGAUUGAUGUCUACAUCUUCUUCGUCAAGCCGUUAUGAUCGAGAUCGAUCUAUGGAUGAUGAUAGUCGGGAAAGCUCUAGAAUGGUUCGGAAGAGGUCAGAUCAUGAUUUCGAUAGCUUUGAUCGAAGAAAAGGGGCAGGCUUAGGGUUUGAUAGGUAUAGUAGUAGAGAAGGGUAUAGUGGAAGCGGUGGCGGAGGAGGAGUUGGUGCUGGAAAUAGCGAUAGACUUAUUCAUCGAUCAGAGAGCUUUUGUGGGUCUCGUAGAGAGUUUCCGAAAGGUUUUAGGUCUGAGAGAGACAGGCCAAGGAGAGAAGGCAGUGUUUCGUCCUGGCGAAGAUUUGGCAGUGGGAAUAAAGAAUUUGAAGAAAGUAGAGGUAUUAGAGGUGGAAAUGAUGAGAGGAUGAGUACUGCUGCUAGGUCUUCUCCUAAGGGACUGAGAGAUGUGAAGUCGCCAACAUGGUCGAGGGAUUCAGGGAGUGAGCAAACCAGGGUGAGAGGCAGUGGGAGAGAUGAGGGGAAAGGGAAAUCAUCAACUUCGAAGUCUAGGUCAUCACCUACUUGGUCCAAGGAUUCUGGAAGUGAGCAAUCAAAGAGCGUGGAGGUAGGGAAAAAGAGUGAACUGGAGGCUAAGAGUGUUGAAAUGGAAGUGAAGAGUGUUGGUAGUGGGAGCAGCAGUGAAAUGGAAGAAGGGGAGCUUGAGCCAGAGCCUGAAUCAGUCCCUCAGGUUGCCCUGGAAGAUGCAAAUGACAACAAAAAAGGACGACACGAGAAUGUUGUGUUGGAUGUUGAUCACAGAGUGGUGAACAGUGAAACUGAAGCCAAGGAUCAAGAAAAUGAAGCAGAGAAGGAAUCUGACAAAGCAAGUGUGGCUGAGGGGAAUGAUGCGAUGAAGGAAGUUGUUGAGGUACCAAAUUGUGAGCAGAAUUCACAUGAUAACACUAGUGGCAGUGAGGAGGAAGUUGGGAAUGUGGGUGGUGCUGAAGAGGGUGACGAGAUUCAUAGUUUGAAGGAACAAAGCAACUGCAAGGAGGAGAAAGAUCAGGAAAUGUUGGUUGAGAAGCCAACAUUUUUGAAAGAGGAAAGUAUACGAGAGAAGGAUAUUGAUCUCGAGGCAAAAAUGGAUGAUGUUGAAGUGCCAAAGUUGAGUAAAGAAGUUAAAGUGGAGAAAGGACAGGCUGAGGUGGAUACCAAUCUGGUUAAUGAGGGUUCAGGCCAAAAUUUGAAGGAUAAAGGCAAAAGUGUAGCUGUUUCUCCAACCUAUGCUGCUGAUUCUGCAGAAGAUGGUCCAUGGAUUGAGAGAGAAUCCAGAAAUAUUGCAACUUGCAGAGAUGAGGAAGAUGAUAUGGAAGGGCCAAGUACUAGGGGAUUUGACUUGUUCACUAGCUCUCCUGUUAGAAGAACAGAAAAAGCAGAGCAAUCAGGUGUUAGUAAGCUGAAAGAUGAAAAGCUGGUUUUGGAGCCACUUGAUCUUUCUCUUAGCUUACCAAAUGUUCUCUUACCUAUUGGUGCUGCUAAAGAUGCAUCUCAGGCCCCUGGUUCCCCCAGUCAUGGGAGAAGCGUUCAAUCUUUUAGCACGUUCCGUACAAAUUCUGAUGGGUUUACCGCAUCAAUGUCGUUUUCAGGCUCUCAGUCAUUUUUUCACAAUCCAAGCUGUUCUUUAACACAAAAUUCAUUGGAAAUGGACAACUAUGAACAAUCUGUUCACAGCCGACCCUUAUUUCAGGGAGUUGAUCAAGGAAUUUGGCCUAGCCAAGCUCAAAAUGAUUCUAAGGUUAAAGAUGUCCCCUUGUAUCAAAGAGUUUUGAUGAAUGGAAAUGGCUCUCUUCAUCAGUCUCAAGCUUUACAAGGUAUGCCAAAUGGUCAAGCAUUGCAAGGUGGCUCUAAAAUGCCUAAUGGACUUGAAAGGCAGUUGAGUUUUCACAAACAGUUGUCAGGAGGACACACAAGGAAUCCUGAUGAAACUAGAUCCCCUUCACACAGUGUGGGAUCUCAGGAUAUUGGUUCAAAUUAUAGCCUUGAGAAGAAACGAGCCAUGAGAGAAAAACAUGUUCUAUACAGGAGUAAUAGCCAGAAGGAGCAGGAACAGUUUUUGAUAGGUGGGGCUGAUUUUGUUGAGACUAUCAUCAGCAGAAUAGUUUCUGAUCCUAUUCACGUAAUGGCUAGGAAAUUUCAUGAGAUGACGGGACAGUCCGCAUCUCUGGUUAAGGAGAGUAUUCGUGAGAUCAUGAUAAAUGCCGAUAAGCAAGGACAACUAUAUGCAUUUCAGAGUGCUCUGCAAAAUAGGCCUGACUUAACCUUGGAUAUGCUAUUGAAGGCCCAUCGCUUUCAAUUGGAAAUCUUGGUUGCUCUGAAAACCGGCCUUAGGGAAUAUCUUCAGGUGGACAGUAAUAUUUCAUCUUCUGAUUUGGCAGAGGUGUUCCUAAACUUAAGAUGUAGAAAUCUUUCCUGUCGAAGUCCUUUGCCUGUGGAUGAAUGCGAAUGCAAGGUCUGUGUGAAGAGGAAUGGUUUUUGUAGUGCAUGUAUGUGCCUUGUUUGUUCAAAGUUUGACAUGGCAUCUCAAACAUGUGGUUGGGUUGGGUGUGACGUUUGUCUUCAUUGGUGCCAUGCGGAUUGUGCAUUGCGGGAGUCUUGUAUUAGAAAUGGAAGAAGUGCUGCUGGGGCUCAAGGGACUACUGAGAUGCAAUUUCAUUGUGUUGCUUGUGAUCACCCCUCUGAGAUGUUUGGUUUUGUGAAGGAGGUUUUUCAAAACUUUGCGAAGACAUGGAAAUUAGAAACAUUUUGCAAGGAGCUCGAGUAUGUGAAGAGAAUUUUUAGUGCUAGCAAGGAUAUGAGAGGGAGGAGGCUGCAUGAAAUUGCUGAUCUGAUGCUGGAAAAAUUGGCAAAUAAGUCUCAUCUCUCUGACGUUUAUAGUAAUAUCAUGAGUUUCUUGACUGAAAGUGACUCUUCCAAGUUCAGCAAUACUUCAGUGUUCUCUGGGAAGGAGCAAGGAAACGGAAGUAGUGCAGGGAUUGCUGGGCCUAGCCAGGAUACAUCAUGGCUCAAAUCUGUUUAUACGGAAAAAGCUCCUCAGUUAGAAAGAUCGACUAGCCUACUGCCUAGCUUUCACACAGGCUUGAAUGAUAAGCAUCCUGUAGAAUCAGAGUUAGAGAGGAGUGCCCAGAAAGUACCGAUUUUUGAUGAACUGGAGAGCAUUGUGAGGAUUAAACAAGCAGAAGCUAAAAUGUUUCAAGAACGUGCUGAUGAUGCAAGAAAGCAAGCUGAGGGACUGAAACGAAUUGCACUUGCAAAGAGCGAAAAAAUUGAAGAAGAGUAUACAAGUAGAAUGACAAAGUUGCGGUUAGUUGAGGCAAAGGAGAUGCGUAAACAAAAAUAUGAAGAAUUCCAGGCUCUGGAAAGGGCUCAUCGGGAGUAUUUCAGUAUGAAGAGGAGGAUGGAAGCAGAUAUUAAAGAUUUGUUGUUGAAAAUGGAAGCUACAAAACGAAACCUUGCCAUGUGAUUCAAAGCCGAUGAUUAGGUUUUUGCGCGGUAGAAAUGUUUUGGAUCAGUGGUAAAUUUACUGUUUAGAAGCAACAGUUCGUUGUAAUGUAAUGUAGCAUUAUGGCGAUCAUUUGCUUUAGCUUUUAAAGUGUAGGUGUAUCUUUUGAUUUUAGCCCUCUAACCUGAAUUUGUACAGAGAUUUCAAAACGCUUUGUAUUUUAUGAGCAGCUCCCUUUUCUGGAAGCUAUGUGAAAGAGAGAUGAUAGAUCAAGUUUCCAUUUUAUGGAAAGAUUUCAA